AUGAAUUUUGGUAAUCAGACUCCGACAAUUGUCGUCUUAAAGGAAGGUACCGAUUCUUCCCAGGGUAGAGGUCAGAUUAUCUCUAAUAUCAAUGCGUGUUUGGCAAUUCAAGAAACAUUGAAGCCAACUUUGGGCCCUCUAGGAUCAGAUAUUUUGAUUGUUUCAUCUAAUGGUAAGACAACCAUAUCUAACGACGGUGCUACGAUCUUGAAAUUGUUAGACGUCGUGCAUCCAGCAGCCAAGACCUUGGUUGACAUUUCCAGAGCUCAAGAUGCUGAAGUUGGUGAUGGUACAACAAGUGUCACUAUUUUAGCUGGUGAAUUGAUGAAGGAGGCAAAGCCUUUCUUAGAGGAAGGUAUUUCUUCUCACAUUAUCAUGAAGGGUUAUAGAAAGGCUGUUGAUUUGGCUGUUUCAAAGAUUCAAGAGAUUGCUGUUGACAUUUCCAACGAAAAUAAUUCGAGAACUUUGUUAGAACGUUGUGCGAGAACAGCCAUGUCUUCUAAAUUAAUCAACAAUAACGCGGAUUUCUUUGUUAACAUGUGUGUUGAUGCAGUUUUGUGCUUGGAUCAAAACGACCUUGACGAUAAAAUGAUUGGUAUUAAGAAGAUUUCAGGUGGUGCUAUGGAGGAUUCUUUAUUUGUUGAUGGUGUUGCGUUCCAAAAGACCUUCUCAUACGCUGGUUUCGAACAACAACCGAAGACUUUUAAGAAUCCUAAGAUUCUAUCACUUAAUGUUGAAUUAGAACUAAAGGCAGAAAAAGAUAAUGCAGAAGUUAGAGUUGAACAUGUCGAAGAUUAUCAAGCCAUUGUGGAUGCGGAAUGGCAAAUAAUUUUAGAUAAAUUAAAGCAAAUUGAAGAUACAGGUGCCAACAUUGUUUUAUCUAAGUUACCAAUUGGUGAUUUGGCUACUCAAUACUUUGCAGAUAGAAAUAUUUUCUGUGCUGGCAGAGUCGCCAGUGAAGAUAUGAAUCGUGUUAUCCAAGCUGUAGGAGGUGCGGUACAGUCCACCACUUCUGACAUCAAACCAGAGCACUUGGGUACCUGUGAGCUAUUCGAAGAAGUUCAGAUUGGUUCAGAACGUUACAACCUUUUCAAGGGAUGUCCAGAAGCUAAGACUUGCACACUCUUAUUAAGAGGUGGUGCGGAACAAGUUAUUGCUGAAGUCGAAAGAUCCCUACAUGAUGCUAUUAUGAUUGUAAAGAGAGCCUUGCAAAACAAACUUGUAGUAGGAGGCGGUGGUGCUAUAGAAAUGGAGAUCUCUAAGUAUCUAAGAGACUACUCUAAAACAAUCGCAGGCAAGCAACAACUAAUUAUCAAUGCAUUUGCUAAAGCUCUAGAAGUUAUUCCAAGACAAUUAAGUGAAAACGCUGGUUUUGAUUCUGUUGAAAUUUUAAACAGAUUAAGAAUGGCUCACAGUAAGGGUGAAAAGUGGUUCGGUGUUGAUUUCGAUAACGAAACCAUCGGCGAUAACUUUAGCAAAUUUGUUUGGGAACCUGCUUUGGUCAAGAUCAACGCCUUAAAUAGUGCAACUGAAGCUACCAACUUGAUUUUAUCCGUCGAUGAAACAAUCAAGAACAAGGAAAGUGAUUCUGCUGGUGCAAGUAUGGCUCCGCCACAAGGUAGGGGAAGAGGUAUGCCAAUGCCAAUGCAAUAA